UCGCCUUAAGCUUGUUCGUACCUUUAAAGCUUUUGAGUGUAAAGCUUUUGGAGUAAUUGUUCAGAGUAGGGUUUUAUAGGUUUUUUUUAAAAACAGGUGUAUAUUGGCUGGGCUUUGGCUACUAACCAGAAGAGAGGAAUUUGCUAUAAUUAAGUAAAAUGAUGAAUGCUUGGUUCAUGACCUGUUUUGCAGCUUUUCUGUUGCCUGCGUCAUAUGGCGCACCAAUAUCCAAGGCUUGGUGUUAUCACAUGCCGUCAUGUAGUGAUGUCGCUUGGCCCAUAAUCGCCGAAAAAAACUGUAAUGGAACUCAACAGUCUCCAAUAGACAUCAUAACCACAAAUGUCCAAGCUAAUGCUAAUCUGACCUCUUUCAUUUUCACUGGCUAUGACGAUGACACAACCUUGACUGAGAUUAAAAACACUGGCACCACAAUUAAAGUUACACUAGAUCACGAGAAAAUGCAUGUGGAAGGAGGGGAUCUGCCAGGCUUGUUUGCCAGUAUGCAGUUUCAUCUUCACUGGGGUAAUGGUAGUUUCAUGCCUGGAUCUGAACACACUGUGGAUGGAAAACAAUACCCUAUGGAGUUUGUUAAUUAUGACACUUGUGAACCAGAGAGCUGGAAGACCUUAACAUCUUACUUGUCAGAUAUCGCCAAUGCAGGUGAUAAAGCAUGCAUCACUCAAUAUAUGUCCAUGGAUGAUCUGCUUUCUGGAGUGGACAGGACUAAAUAUUACCGUUAUCUUGGCUCUUUGACCACACCAAACUGCAAAGAAGGUGUGAUUUGGACCAUCUUUAAAGACCCCAUCAAAGUUAGUUGGGAUUUGAUUGACCUGUUCAGUACGAGUGUUUACAUCAAGGCAACCGACUCUCCCCUAAUGGUGGACACGUUCAGGGGUGUUCAGCCAGUCAACGGCAGGAUCGUCAUGUCACAGGUGGCUGGUACCAGAGCUACUGGUCCUGUUUCCCAAACGGCAUCUGAUUGGGAUGUUCUAGACCUCUCUUCUGAUUGUCAAACCACUGAACCUUACACUGAGUUUGAUUUAGAAACCGCAUACUGGUAGUAGUUUGAGUGGUAGGGCUGACAGUUAUGCUUAGUGAUUUUUAUUUUUUUAACAGAUUGUGGAAAAUAACUUCAUUUAACAAUUAUACUUGUUCCAGAUAUGUCAGUUAUAAAGCCCGAUGCAGCUCUUUAAUGAGAAGUGUUUUAUGAUAUCCUGCUAGUUCAUGUAUGCAUUCAUCUUAAUUGCAUUCCAACACGACUUGUUACUAAAGCUCAGUCGUUACUGUUUAAUGGGUAUGUAUAAACCAUUUUUGUUGGUGGGGUGUUUUUGAAAAUGCAGUUUAGUGUUUGAAAGUCUAGAUUUUAUUCAACAUUUAGCAUUUUUUUUAAUACUGCUAUCAAUACUGCACUUAAGUUAAACUAAGCUUUUAGAUUUGUAAUGUAGUUAAAGGUAUUGAGUCCUCAUUUGAGUGUAAACAGGAGCUAAAGCUGUAUUGUAAUCUUGAUAGUCUGGCAAUUGUUGUUUGAGUAAUGCAAAGAUUUGUAGCCUUCAAUGAUUUGGCAGAUGUAGUUUUGACUCAUUCAGUAGCACCCCCCCCCCCCAGCUC